UUCGAAUUUUCAGCGCGCAACGGGUAUUUGGCGAUUCUGCGUUUACUGCACUGAGCUCCGUUGACUUUUGACGAGCCUACUGACCCCGACUGUGGAUAGGGAAGAGACAUGAAUUACCCGCCCAGCACUCGUCGGACCCGUAAAGCUCCGGCCAAGUCAGACCUAUACUCAACCUUCGUUGUCCACUCUGGUUCCGAAUCCGAAUCCGAAUCCGGUUCUCGCAACUCCAAACCUAAACCACUAGGUUCUCGUGAACCGGACCUUUACGCCACCAUGAUUUACAAGGACGGCGACGAAGAAGAUGAAGAUGACUCCUCGCUUCCUCCUCUCCUCAAACGUCUUCCUAAAGACUUCGGCGGCGGUCCUACAGACUUUGACGACGAUGACGACGCCGGAGAUUUUGGGACCGUGAUCGUGAAACCCGAUCGCGGACGUAACGCUCGCGGUCAAUCGUCGUAUUCGUUUAAGCCUCCGGCAGCGGCUGUGGCGAGCCCGAUGAGGGCUAGGAGAGAUGGACUGGAUGUUGAUGAUGAUGAUGAUGAUGAUGAGGAGGAGGAGGAGGAUGGAGAUGGAGAAGGUUUUGGGACGUUUGUGGUGAGAUCGACGGUGAGGAGUGAGAGGGAAGGGAGCGGGACGGUGGUGAAGAGAGCGGUGGCGAGUAUGGGAGAGCUAGGGUUUGGCAAACAAAAGAGAUCUACUUCGACUACGUCUUUGCAAGGGGAAGAGAAUCGGUUCUUGCAAAAUAGUAAGGCUUCCUUGAGUUCGAUUCCUGAUAACGUUACCAGAGAAGAUCCUUCCACCAAAUAUGAAUUGCUCAAUGAACUCGGGAAAGGAUCUUACGGGGCUGUUUACAAGGCUAGAGAUAUAAGAACUUCAGAGCUUGUUGCCAUUAAAGUUCUAUCUUUAUCUGAAGGGGAACAAGGGUAUGAAGAAAUUCGUGGUGAAAUUGAGAUGUUGCAGCAGUGUAGUCAUCCAAAUGUUGUUCGGUACCUUGGUAGCUACCAAGGGGAUGAAUAUCUUUGGAUAGUAAUGGAAUAUUGCGGAGGUGGAAGUGUUGCUGAUUUAAUUAAUGUUACUGAGGAGCCUUUAGAGGAGUAUCAGAUAGCUUAUAUAUGUAGGGAAGCUUUAAAGGGCCUUGAAUAUUUGCACUCAAUUUUUAAAGUUCAUAGAGAUAUCAAGGGUGGUAAUAUCUUGUUAACUGAACAAGGAGAGGUGAAGUUGGGUGACUUUGGGGUAGCAGCACAGCUUACCAGGACCAUGUCAAAACGCAAUACAUUUAUUGGCACUCCACAUUGGAUGGCACCAGAAGUUAUUCAGGAAAGUCGCUAUGAUGGAAAGGUUGAUUUAUGGGCACUUGGUAUAUCUGCGAUUGAAAUGGCAGAGGGACUUCCUCCAAGAGCAGCAGUGCAUCCAAUGAGGGUUAUAUUUAUGAUAUCUAUUGAGCCAGCUCCAAUGCUUGAGGAUAAAGAAAAAUGGUCUCUUGUCUUUCAUGAUUUUGUUGCUAAGAGCCUUACAAAGGAUCCACGUCUACGCCCUACUGCAUCUGAGAUGUUAAAGCACAAAUUCAUUGAGAAAUGCAAAUGUGGAGCUUCUGUAAUGUUGCCAAAGAUUGAGAAGGCAAAGCAAAUAAGGGCUGCAAUGGUUCAACAAGCACAAAUUCUUACUCCUACAAUUUCUGAACCUAAUCCAAUGGUAGGUUCAAAUUUAAAUGAUGAUUAUGGAGAUACUGUUCCAUCAAGGCCUCAGGAUAUGGGUCUUCAAGUUGCAAAUGAAGCUUCUACAGCUGGUACUUUGAAUAAGCAUAACAUAUUAGGUGGUGUGGAAGUGACGUAUGAAGGGGAGUUUGGCACUGUAAUAGUUCACAAUGAGGGUGUGUCACAGAAGCCAUUUGCUCAAACUGAACUUCACAAUGGUAAAGAAGCUUCAACUGUCCUUGAACAUGUUGAAAGCAAGUUGAUUAAUGGCACAGGGAGGCAGCUAGCUGAAUCACUGUUGGAUAACAGAAAAGGUGCUUCAGGAAACAACGCUACUGUGAAAGAAUCAAACAUAAUGGCUCAGGGAUCUUCUCCUUCAACAUCUGUCCUCGGUGACCAGAAAAUGAGGUCAGACAGUGUACCUCAGGCAAGGACGAAAGAUGGCAGUGAAAUCAGUAGUAGCAAAUUGAAGACUGAAACCGUCAGCAAGAAAAAUGCUUUUGCUUUACAAGAUAAGCUCUUUUCAAUAUAUGCAGCCGGUAAUACAGUACCCAUUCCAUUCUUAAGGGCAUCGGAUAUAUCCCCAAUUGCCCUUUUAUCAGACAAUAUCCUCGGAGGCAUGCAGCAGGAUAGCACUGGAACUGUGGCAGUUGAAGCACUGCAGGAACUUUUUGCCGGUGAUGGACAAUCGAAAAAAGGUCGAAGAGCACAAAACGAGGUGCCACUUCCUCCUAGUGUUUACCAAAGACUCACUUCAAGUUCUACGCUAAUGAACCUGGCACAGGCCCUAGCUUACCACAAAAUGUGCUACGAGGAGAUGCCACUUCAAGAGUUGCAGGCAACACAGGAGCAGCAAACCAUCCAAAACCUAUGCGACACACUAAGAACCAUUCUCCGGUUAUAGAUAGUCGAAUGCUACAUUUCUUUUUUCGGUUGAUGUAUGUUAUUGUUAUUGUCCCGGUUGCUUUAAGAUACUGUAGGGUAUGUUGUAUUAUAUAAGGUUAUACAUGAUGGCAAAAUGAAAUGCAAUCUAAAUCAAGCUUUGAAGCGUA